GGGAGGGGAGGGGAAGAGGAGGGGCAGGGGAGGAGGAGAAGUGCAAAGGUAUCUGGUACCGGGAGGUACAUCUCCAUGAUCCCAUUGUCUAACCACUUAUAUGAGAUUUAAAUCAACAGGUGACCUUACCGCUCAAGCUUGUGUUUGCACUGUACUGAAUUCGCAAUUAUGACGAUGGCUGAGCUAGAACAACGUCAAAACAUGCUCACGGAUAGUCAAGAUGGUGAACUCCAUGGCGAAAGGCGGGGAAAGCCUGUCUGCCUCGAGCGUUCCCUAGGAGCCCCAGGAGCGAUUUCCUUUCUCGUUGGCACAAUAAUCGGCUCAGGGAUCUUCGCAACUCCAAAAUGGGUUCUUUUGUACGUCGGUUCCGUAGGAAUGUCUCUGGUAAUGUGGGCCCUUUGUGGCAUGAUCGCUUUAUUUAGUGCUUUAUGUUACUGCGAGUUGGGAACCCUGAUCCCGAGAUCAGGUGCCGAAUACCCCUACUUGUUGGAGGCGUAUGGAGCUCUUCCAGCAUUCCUGUACUCUUGGGUCUUUGUGUUGUUUUCUAAGCCUUCUGGUGUUAUGAUUCUCCUUGUGUUUGGAGCUUACGUCAUCGAGCCUUUCUUCCCUGGUUGUAGUAGUCGAGAAGAUCUUAUGCCGCUGGUAAAGAUCAUAGCAGCGGCAGCGACGGGUGUAAUAUUAUUCGUCAAUUGCGCAAGUGUGAAGUGGGCCACUAGAAUGCAGAUUAUCUUCACUGCAGCCAAGAUGAUCGCCAUUGUUAUGCUGAUAGUCACGGGCCUCAUACGUUUAGCUCAAGGCCAUACUUCUUCCCUAGAAAACAGUUUUACCGGGACCAGCCCAAAUAUUGGACUUCUCGCCUACGCUUUUUACAAUGGAUUAUUUCCCUACGAUGGAUGGAAUCAGUUGAACUUUAUUACAGAGGAGAUAAAAAAUCCCAACAGAAAUCUUCCUCUCACCAUUUGGAUUGGCAUUCCUCUCGUGACGUCAUGCUACUUGCUGGUGAACAUUGGAUACUUCACAGUGCUUACACCACAGGAAGUCCUGGAUUCUGAAGCUGUCGCUGUGACCCUGGCAAACAGGUUAUAUGGAAUCAUGGCGUGGACCAUUCCAAUACUUGUCGCCUGCUCCACGUUUGGUACUGCUAAUGCAAAUGCUUUUGCAGGAGGAAGAUUGACAUUUGCCGCUGCACGAGAGGGACAUCUCCCACGGUUUCUCGCCAUGAUUCACAGAAAGAGACGAACACCGCUCCCGGGGCUUAUAUUUUCUAGUAUAAUUUCAUGGCUGAUGCUGAUUCCUGAUUCCACGACAUUUGAAGUGUUGUUGAAUUACUUCACGUUCUUCGGCUGGUUGGGUUAUGGUUCUUCAAUCUCCAGUAUUCUUUGGCUGAGAUAUAAAAGACCUAACGCCGUGCGACCAUACAAGGUGUGGAUAGGAAUCCCAAUCUUCAUGGUUUUGGUUUCAGCUUACUUGGUGUUUGCGCCGUUCUACGACGCUCCGCUGCAAUCGUUUUACUGUCUGCUGUUCGUUUCCGCUGGGAUCCCAUUUUAUUUGGUGUUUGUACGGUACAAAGUGGUUCCGCCAAGUUUUCUUCGCUUUGUUGAUCACGUGACUUACAAGCUACAGAAAGUUUUUGACGUGGCAUUUCCUGAGAGCGAAGACGACAUUAUCUUCUAGAUGGAAUGAAUGAUCAACAAAGGAUUGCAACUAAUCAAUGCGCCGUACUCUAGCUAAGUAUCCCAAGAAGUAACUUGAAAAGCCGAGAUUACGCUUUUCAAUCAAUAUCAGCUUUGGACGACUUCAAAGUUGCAGCAGAGGCAGAUAGCUAGCUUCCUGUUACAGUACGUCUAGUCAAGAGACUAGUGCAGCAGAAGUGGGUCCAUUACCAACAUUGUGGGGAGCACCGUGAUAAUUGUAAUGGUUAGCUUGAUUGACUGACCAAUCACUAGCUAUAUUUUUAACCUUUACUUUUAUAAUCUUGAAUAUACUAAAGCCCUUUUUACUCUUCUUCCAAAUAGAGGGCCACCAUAAUUGGUGAGUGAAAACUGUUGUGUUGCACCUUGCUGACGAGGUUUGGCGAGACAGCACACUAUUUGGUACUGUUCCUGUGUUGUAAAAAUUCUCGAUUUUGAUGUCAGACUUGAGCAUGCGCACUUUGGUUUGAAAAUAUGCAGCCUGCGCAGAGGCUUUUACCUUCACGUGACAUUACGUGACGCAUUUCGGUGUUUGGAAGAGUUGAAAGGGAGGUGCUUUUACCUUGUUUUAAAAGCCCACGUCUCUAAAUGUUCGGGGAAGUAUUCAGCAAGGCCAUGAUCAGUUUAGUGAUGAAUCUCGAGGACGACAGAUGUUUUCAUGAGUUUGUCCGUCUUAUACUAUGCGACCAGUUGCUCUUCAUAAGCUUAUAUUCAUUGGAGCUGCGAAGAAAUCGAUUGCGUCUCCUUCUUGUAGCAUGCGAACACAGACAGAUUUCCGGCUUUUGUAUCACGCCGCCGAAACAAAUAAAACCUGGAAAUCCCUCUGUCUUCGUAGGCUAUGCUUCAUGGGGAUAUUCCGUGUCAGGAAAAACACAUGCUUAUAAAAUCGAAACAUCCAGAAGAAGCUAGAAGAAACCUGAAAAACUCAAUUAGAUGAUGUAAACCGAACUGAAAGGAGGAGCAUAAUAUAAAAGAAAGUCAAUCUCAAUUCACUCUAUUAUCUGUAUGGAGAAAAACGCGCCAUAUCUAAUAAGAAAUGCAUAGGACGGACAAAAAUACUGCGCGACGAAACUUAUUGCGUUCGCAGAACGCAGUUCAGAAUCUUGCGUGUCAUGUGGUUUUAAGGGUGAUCUCUUUUGACAUUUUUUCGUCGAACGUCUGCUUUUACAGCUCUUAGACGUGACGUGUCUAAAUAAAGUAUUUUAUUACAUGGCUAGCUCCGUGAGC